AUGGAAUCCACAAAGUCUAUCUCAAAAACUGAGAAGGCUCUAAUCACCAUUGGUACCUUAAUGGAUGUCCAGACCCGGAAGAGCAGCAAAAACAAGACCCUGAAGCGCUACUCGCCAUGGAGACGAACGAUGAAGAAGAGCUCCAAGAAAGUUCAGGCCACUGAGAAAACCAACCAAAACAAUAUCACCCAUCUCAGUAAUGACAACCUGGUGGAAUCUCAGUCUUGCGCCAACCUGUCCACCCUUGGUAUGGAGCAUCCUCAGUCCUGCAAAAAGCUGUCGACUGUCACCCAGGACCAGAGUUCUCCAGCUGUGGCCAACAGCUCCAAAAAUGCCAGCUCCACGGUGGAGCAGGCCUCCGUGACCAAUGCCAACGCGGCCCCAGACACACCCCAGACUGUGACAGACCAGGCCUCUGAUACACACAAGAGGUCAGAGAUGAUCCAAGCCACAACUGGUGAACUACUGUGGUGCCUGGGUGAGUUCCUGUGCCGGCGUUGCCCCCUGAUCCAGGACCUGUCCUCCAUGGACCUGGUAACGUGGCUGCGCCUGGUGGACCGGUCCCUCCUGGAUUUCCAGUAUCAGAGUCAGAGCUGCAUCAACCCGUCAAGCCUGUGCUUCCUCUACAUGCUGUGCCGUGAGGCGGUCUCCUCCGAGGUGGCCACUAUGCACGAGCUGCAUGCUGUGGUGCUCACCUGCCUGUAUGUAACCUGCUCCUACAUGGGCAGUGAGACCAGCUACCCCAUGAGACCCUUCCUGGUGGACACCUGCAAGCAGACCUUCUGGACGCGCUGUAUUUCCAUCUCCAAUGUGCUCAGUGGCGAGAUGCUCCAGAUGAACACCGACCAAAACUUCUUCUACAAGGUGUUUGCUGAGCUGAAGAACCAGAUUCAGAAGGAGGACCUGUUCACUGUGUACAAGAGUCAGUGA